CACACACACACACACACACACACACACACACACACACACGCUGGACUCAGACAACGCACUCCACUCUUCAGACUCCCACUUUCUCCAUCCUCCUCCCCCAGUCACCCACUCACCAUCUGUACGUCGCCUCCUUCCGCCCCCGCCCCAGUCGGCUCCCCUCCCCAGCUGGGGACUUGCACAGACGCUCGGGGCUAGCUCAGCCUACUGACCUCCGUCCGCCCCGCGGGAAACUAACAAAGGCAGGCGCGAGCUCGGAGCUCGGGAGCGGUGAGCCGCAGCUUGGCCGGCGAGCCUGGGCCGGACCGGCGAGCGCCAGAAGGGACCACUCCGGAGUCCAGUGGCAGCGGCGCGGAGGACUCGGAUCUCUGGCCUCUGGGAGUUGCCGGCACCAUGGGCUGCUGCACCGGACGCUGCUCGCUCAUCUGCCUCUGCGCGCUGCAGCUGAUUAAACUGGGAUACUGCCAGUAAACCACAGUUCAUGUCCUCCAAUCAUAAAUACAUGUUAAAUACUGUUCAAACAAUCUCCAGCUUACUGCCAGCUAUAGAUAAGACAAUCCUGAUAGAAGAAUUAUGAUCCUGGACUCUAUUCAGUAUCAACAGAGAGCCUCUGUCUGCCCAUCAGGAGACAGGAUACAAAGUCAUCCAAAUUUAUCAAGUUGUAACAAGAUAUCAGCACUGGAAAGGCAGAUUUUUGACUUUCUUGGCUUCCAAUGGGCACCAAUUCUUGGGAAUUUUCUUCAUAUAAUAGUGGUCAUAUUGGGCUUGUUUGGAACUAUUCAGUACCGACCUCGAUACAUCAUGGUGUACUCAGUAUGGACGGCCCUCUGGAUCACCUGGAAUGUUUUCAUUAUCUGCUUUUAUUUGGAAGUAGGUGGCCUUUCUAAGGAUACAGAUCUGAUGACAUUCAAUAUUUCUGUACACCGGUCAUGGUGGAGGGAACACGGGCCUGGCUGUGUCCGGAGAGUGCUGCCUCCAUCAGCCCACAGCAUGAUGGAUGACUACACAUAUGUCUCUGUCACAGGCUGUGUUGUCGACUUCCAGUACCUAGAGGUCAUCCACAGUGCUGUCCAAAUAUUACUUUCUUUGGUUGGUUUUGUGUAUGCUUGUUAUGUGAUCAGUAUUUCCAUGGAAGAGGAAGACACCUUUGAUUUCAUAGGUCGGCUUGAUUUACACUCCUACUACCAGGAACAUGUUGAGUUAAAGCCUGUUAAACCUGUCGAAAUAAGUAAUGAUAUUGACUCAGAAAUGCAGCUGCUGAACUUGACUUAAGGAACAAAGCACCACAGACAGCCAGCCCUUGGUGGAUCCGACACGUGUCACCUUCCUUCAAAGGACAGACUCUGCCUCUCUGCUUUCCCAGGCACUGAGGAGUCCUUAGCUCACAGCCCAUGUGUUAUUAGCAUUGUUUGCUAGGUGCGUUCUAGGUGCUUGGGUGGGUAUUUUUUUAGUCAUUUUCUUCUUAUAUGAAAACUUGUAAAUUGUAAAAAAAAAAAAAAAAUGGUUUUUAAUUUUUUUAACAAUUAAUGUGAGGCAUGCAAAAUGAAAAAAAAAAAAAAAAGCCUAUGGAAACCUGGUCAUUUUUAAGAGACCCAUAAGUAUGUGUGCUGCUUGAGGUGUGCAGUGCUGCCGACUGCUGAUGUUACAGUAGGCCAGGUGGACCCACCUUGUCAGACACUGCCUGUGAUCACCAGAUCCAGAGGCAGAUCCCAGGACAGAACAUGGUACAAAUGAUGGAUCCAGCUUUCUUAUUAACUGUGGAAAACUGAACCGUACACAGCAAAACAUUCCUGCCUUCUCAAAACCCAAACAGCAUUAUGGCAACCUAAUUUUCAGAGCCGUACAUGACAUUAUUGUUCUUCCUGUGUUUUGAAAAAACAAAAAAAGUGUGUGAAAGAGUAAAAUGACUAGUUGAACUCCUUUUUCCUUUGAAGUGACUAUGUGUAUCUCCAAGGCCCAUAUAUUCUACUCUUUAUCCCUUUCCUAACACUGAUGUCAGACCAGAAGACAGCUGACAGCCUGUCAGACAAAAAUCACAACCAUUUAUCUAUAAUCAGAAAUUGUUCUGUAUAUAUUUGAAGGAGCAUUAAAUUACUGCUGAGUUCUAUAUAAACACUUUAAAGAAAACGUUUGCAUUUGAGCUACAUCAACUUUUCUUUCUCCUCCCCCUUCCCAAUAACAAAGGAAAUGAUACUGUGGAGAAAAGGAUGGUCUUGAUAACACAAUGUAAUUGUGUUUUUUUUUUAAUUGACAUAAAAUUUACAUGGGGUAAAAUGCACAGAUGUUAAGGAUAGAAUGUGAUUAAUUUGGAAAUAUGUAAACACUCAUAUAAUCAAUGUCUCAGUCACAAUAUAUAACAUUUCUAUCACUUUAAAAAAGACUUCAUUAUGUCCUCUUUCUAAUUAAUUCCCACAUUAUCUGGACAACCAAUGUGCUGUUUUACCAUUUUGUCUUUUCUCAAUAUACUGUAUGGGGUUUUUUUCUGCUUUUUUCUAUAUCCCUCAAUUGUUAUUUCCUAUGUGAAAGUAAGUUUUGUUCACUUGGUAUAUCAACCAAAAUGAAGUUCCGGAGUUGAGCAAAUGUGCACGAUUUAGUACAGAUUGUAAGUUGGUCCGUGCCCCUCAAAAAGUCUAUAAAUGGCCUAAAGUUGCUGCAAGUAUUUGUACAUACAUAGAUUUUUUUUUCUUAUUGCUUUCUGGAAAUUUUGGAUUUCAUGGGACUCUGAAAAAUUAAAACUUAGUAUUACAAAGUUUUCCCUGAUUCUUCCAAAUUCACAACAGUGGACUUUCCAGUGAGUCAUUUCCCACUGGCCUCUGGAUUGUGUCCUUCUGUCAAAUGGUAUCCAAUGAAGAAGUGCUAGCACCUUGAGAAUGGGGAAAUCUAAGCUGCCAUUCUGUAGUUCAGGUACUCAAUCAUUGGGGCUUUGAUGCAUUGGUCCAGAGCCUUGGUUUUGUAUGGAGGACCAAGAACCUGAAGCCAAUGCAAAAAUGGAGGGAGGGCAAAAAUUGAAAUUCGAGUCCUCAUUUACUGCUGUGGUGUUGGGGUAGGUGUGGUAUCUUAGCAGUCUUCUGGUGAGGCAAGCGUUUGAUGACAAAUAUUUUAAAAAUCUAUAAGCUGUGAAAUAUUUCACAAUUGAAAAGGAUGGUUACUAUCAGUGCUGCCAAAGAACUAAGUCAGGCUAGUCUGGAGAACCUGUGAUUCACUAGGCCAUGAAAACUGACAAGAACACCAAAUUCUUCUGUUUCCUAAAAAGUGGUAGAAAAAUUGCCCAUGUUUAAAUUCUGCAGAAUUAUAAAAAUGAAAAAUUACAUUUUAAUUAAAAAUAACUUUUAAUUCCAAAACUAGUACAAAUUAUUUUAAAAGCUAAUAAAAAUUAAAGUUGUACAAAAUUAAUGACAGAUAAAAUUAAUAUUUAAAUAUUUUAAACUGUCAUGUCAUUACAUACACACAAAAAUAAAAAUAUGGUUAACAUUUCACAAAACAAUUUUCAAACAUUAUUCUGGUCUAGUGAUUUUUCAGUGAACAUGCACUAUAGUCAAAUACUUAAUAUAGAGUGUUUUUAUAUUUAAUCUUUAUUCACUUAAGUAAUGAAAGUAUAGUUUUUUCAGCUUUUAACCCUGGCAACAUAUAAUAAUUUUUAUAAAGUUCGGGAAAAUUUGCCACUAACCAGGAUCAAGUAUUCAACCUCUUACCUCCUCACCUUUUCUCUUCUCACUGCUUCUCAUCUUUCUAGCUAUUCUUCAGUGGCUCUGCUCACCUAUCAAAAAAGGGAUAAAGACAGAGUUCCGCAGUACCAUCUGGCACUUACCCAGUAAUCUGACUGGUUCCAACAUGGUGCUCUCUGGUUGCCGCCACACAGAAGUGAGGGUUGCCAGUACUUACUUUUGCCUUCUGUUUUAGCAGGUCCACUCUGCCCUGUGCGUAGCCAACAGAUUAAGGACGUGUUCACCACAUGUGUGUUCUGCCCAGAUCUUGGCUUCUCCAUAUGAAAUUGUGUGCUUGAUCAGUACAACUGUGUGUCUGCACUCAUUUAUCAGAAUCUUAGCCUCUUAAGAAGCUCUAGAGUAUUUUUCACAAAGGGCCCAGUUACAGCAGAAGAGAAGGCACCCUCUGCCCCUCGUCACCCAAUGCAAGUAGAACGUGGAAGGGAAAAUACAAGACCAAUGGUUUUCCCUCUUUGAGCAAUCUCGGCCUUAAAUCUCCUGAACUUUAGCCAGCUUUUCCCCAGGCUGUACUGCAGUCUUGGUGGAGUAAUAUCCUUUUUAAGGGUCUUGUGCUGAUAUUGUGUGACACCCAGGAAACAGGGAUGCUUCCAGUUUCUCUCUUAUCUAUUAGAAACUCCAAACCUGUUUAAAAGCAAAUAAAUGAAUAAAUAAUAAAAAAGUUAAGCAGGAGACUUAUGGAGAAGGCCAAGAAAUUUCCAGGAAAGAGAAAAUAUCUUAAAUUUAGAAGGGACUAUAUCAGGGGCUGGGGAUUUAGCUCAGCGGCAUAAGCGCCUGCCUUGCAAGCAGGCAGUCGUGAGUUCGAUCCCUGGUACCAAUAAAAACGAAAAAGACCAAAAAAAAAAAAAAAAAAAAAAAAAAAAAGAAGGGACUAUAUCAGACAACUCUCAAGUAUCUCUUAUAAAAACCUCCAAAUGACUAUGUCCUCAAGAAUCUACUCCUGUCUUCUCAGAAUAUGAAAAGAUGUGUCCUCAGAACAAAACCUAGGCUCAUUUGUUUUGAAAACAAUUUGAUCACUUGUUUUGAAUAACCUGACAUCUUGUUCUAGAAAAAUAUUGAUUCCUUGUCUUUUUCUGCCUGGAAAUAUAAGCUCUUUUAUUCCUAUAGACCUCAGUAAGGGAACCAGCCUCCUUUAAGUGGCUGAAGCUAACAAAAUAUGUCAAGGCUUCCAGAUGUCUCACUUAAUGAAUGAGACCGUCCUGAUUGAGUGGAAUUUCUCUUCAUUAGAACUGGCUAAAAUAUACAAAAGACAAAGCUGAGGAAAACCAUCAUGAGUAUCUUAAAUUAAGAAGCAGACAAAAAACAAAAUUGCUUUUUUAAAAUCUUUUUAAUUUAGAAAGGAAUCUUGUCAAGGAUAAACAAACUUUCAUUUUAUCAUUAAUUUUAAAAAUUGUGGUGCCCCCAAAAUGUGGAUGCUCUAUAAAGAAAACCUGACUAAUUAGUUUUUAUAGUAAAUGCUCACUUAUCAUUUCUGAGUUAUUGUAAUAAGUAACUCACAGAAAAUGUUGUUUAUUAGAAUUCAGAUAUUCUAAGUUGAUGUUUUAGCAUAGUGUAAUAUUAGCUUUCUCCCAAGCGAUGUGGGGAAAACUACAAAUAAUUUAUCCUUUAACACUGAGAAACUUUCUGCCUGAAAAAGUUUAUUCAUACUAAGGGAAAAUACCAUUUUUAGCAAAUGAAUAAAAUUUUUGUGUGUGCUACUGAGGAUUCUACCAAUGGUCUUCACAUAAUUACUUCCCUAGCUCAUUUUUACUCCAUUUUUUAAAAUUUUGAGACAAGGUCCUUUUCAGUCUCCAUGUCACCCAGAUGGGGCUCAAACUUGCAAUCGUCCCGCCUCAGACUCCCAGAAUACUUGGAUUACAGGCAUGUGCCACAUGCUCAGCUGUUACCCUUCUUAAAUGGUGUCAUUUGUAAAAACUUUGGUGUCAGAUGAAAAAAAAUUAAUCAUCUUUCACUUAACUUGUAGAUAAAUGACAAAAGAACCAUGUUAAGUACUAAACAUUUAAAAACUCAAAUAGUCAAAGAAUCCAAAAUACAGUUUGACUGAAAUUGAGAGGUAAGUUAGGUAAAGAAAGUAAAAUAAUAGAACACAGAACAAAAGGAGGAAGCAAAGGAGAAAAAGUGACAGUAACAAAUGAAAAGGAAAAGAAGGAGGAGAGAGCUAGAUACGACAGAGUCCAAAAUUCAAAGUGGAUCUCAUUUGGAUUUGCCAGUGUCAGUUCUUAACUCAAGUUUCUAUGUUUUUAUUUUUCUUUAACAGGAAGCAUUAAAUCAUUUUCCAUUACAAAAUUAUUAAGAAACAGAUUAAAGAAAACAGUAAUCUAUCUGGCUCUUCUCAAAGUUCUUUUGGUGGACAAUCUUGUCAGUCUAUGUUAAUAUUUGUUUUAUUUACAAGUGAGAGAAAAUACAGUGGCUUAAAAAGAUAAAGCUCUUACUCCUACAUAUUUUAAAAUUCUGAAAUUAGCAAAGAACUAGAUAUGAGUUUCCUAGAGAGACAAAGACCACAACUCUUCUUGUUGCUUCAUCCUGGAGGGCUACUAUAUUUAAGAUGGUAACAUGACUCAAAAUUGUUGUAAGUUCCAGUCACUGCUUUCAUAUUCUAGCCAAAAAAAAGUGAAAAAAAAUGAGAAAAAGGAAGAAAGAUUCUUCUUUCUGUCUAAGACAUAGAUCAAAAGUUGUCAGCAGCACUUCUGCUUACAGUUCAUUGAUCAAAACGCUGUACAGCUCAGACUUUAAAGAAAACUGAGAGUUGUUGCUUUUAUAUUUGAUGACCAUGCCCCCAUCUAAAUAUUGCAGUCUUCAUUUCUUAGUAAGAAAAGUAAAUAUGUAUAGAAGAAUGCUUAGUAGUCCCUGUCACAUAGUUCAAAUUAAUUUGUCAUAAAAGUGCUUGCAUCAAUUUUUAUUAUAAGAAUAGUAGUUUUGUUUCUUUUAAUUAUAAUAUAGUAUACAAAAUUUACAUAUAUAUCUUCAACAUCACAGGGGAUUUAGUUACUUAGUCUGUGAAAUGAGAAUUUCAGCUUCAUAUUAUUUCCAUAUCUAGUCUUUACAGUUUAAAGAAAAGAAAAAUAAAUCUAAGUAUGAUCCGUCCAUGUUCCCUAUAACUCUGCAGAGUAUAUUUUGGCUUUCCUCCCCUGAAACUGAAUCUAAAAUUGAUGAGCCAAUAUAAUGCUCUUGGUCCACAGUGCCCCACUAAAAUAAUAAAGUAAUCCUUCUGUGCUCAGAACAGUUAAAGUCUUGUUUUUUCAGGAGCUUUUCUCUAGAAGUGUCAUUAUUUCCUUGUUACUCACCUCAGCAAAUACCUACUAGACACAGCACUCAGGAAGGUGGGCUGGAUAGGUAAGGAAUAGGAUACAAGUAUAUGAUUCUUCCUUUUCCGAUAUUUUCUCUCAGUUAAAAUUGAGCCUGUUUCUCCCUUCAUCUAUUUUUCCUCAAGUAUAUGUUGUUGGCUAGAGUAAAAUGAAUACUUAUCUUUUCUAAGAAAGAAUACAAAGGAGGAAAGUUCUAAAAAUUUUCAUAACAAAAUUUUAUUGUAUGUUCUUCCUAGGCUAUGUGUAUGUAUGAGAGAGACAGAGACAGAGAAAGAAAAUAUAAAUAUUUGAGUUACUGCUUACUCAACAAUAUCCAUGAAGUGAUUUCAAUCACAGAAAUGUGUUGGUUACAUUUUCCUAACACCUUGUGCCUCUAAAUCUGGCAGCGAUGACUGGUGAUUUAACAAGAUCCAUAGUUUAUUCAGUAUGCCUACAUCUACCCACCAACUUUCACAAUUCAGUAUACCUCUUUUUAAACAAUUACAUGAGUACAAGGUACCAUAUGAUCUAUUUCUUUAAAUGUUAAGUAGUAUAUAUGAUUAUUUUAGGGAGUGAAUUUAAAAGAAAUAAAAUGUCUAGUACACUGUGCUAUUUCUCUACAAGACAAAGUUUUAGCAUUGAGAAGACCUCCACGGUUCCCUUCUGUCUGGAUCCAGCUGAGAAGGCUCAGGCUGCAGUUUCAGUAUCUUUGCUCCAUGUCCCUUGGUACUUGCUAGGCAAGUUCUCAGAUCAACUUUCUUUCCUCUACAUUUGCUGGCAGUUAGAUGCAUGAGGUCUCAUCUGAAUCAAAUCUUGGCUGUUUGUUGCAGUUUGAUUGUCUUCACCUGAGUUGCCCUCACCUGGGGCAACCAGGCUCAAGUCUCCUAUCUUGUCUUGGUCCUCUUCACCUUUCCUCUGCAUGGAUCCAAGCAUCAGAGUUAACUUCCGUUGGUCUUUUGUUUUUGCUUUUCUUUUUCUUUGCUUAGUUUUCUCAGAGUAAAUAAGACCUCAACCGUCAGAUCAAGGUUGUUUACAUAGAAGAGUUUGGUUCUAGCUGCCAUCAUUUUUGUACUUUGGCUUAAAUAUUAUUCCAUGUGUUCUACACAAGCCUCUUAAUGACUUUUUGCCAGUCAAUAUGAAGUUUGCUUACUUUUAACUGCUAUAUAUUAGGUCCUUCUAAAUUUUUUCUUGGGAAAAUAAUUUUGUAAACAAUAGCUUACAGUCACUUUUUACUGCCUCACACAUUCAUUUAUUCUAACAUUUUUAAAGAGAAUUGCUCUCUUCCCCUUCUGGUUUCUUAUUGUUGUUACAGUUAUAUUGUUUUUUACAGAAGAGACUUUGAUUCAUUUAUUUUGCAGUUGUUUUUUAGUAGAACAAAACAAUUGCAAGUUUUAGAACAAAAAUCAACUAAUAACACAAGCACUGUAGCAAAAGGCAAGAUUUUUAGUAACACAGAAACAAAACAAGGUAAAAUUAAACUAUCUGGGCAAUAAAAAUUUCAGGAGGACACAAGUGCAUCUUUAGCAUUAUUGCUGAAUAAGUUGGACGUGUUUUGAAUCCCUCAUCUCCCUGCCCCAGUGAAUAUUGCUUUUAAAGGUUCUGUAGUCAUAGAAGCAGACAUUUAGAAAUUAAAUCUCAAACAGUUUUAUGACAAAGCCUGUUUGUGCAACCACUUUUCCAGGGUAAUGACCAAGACACAGCAAGAUGGCCACGGUAGUUUGUCUUAAGGUUGCUUUCAUUACAUAGAUUUCCCACCAAGUGAAUCCUAUGAUUGCCUGAGGUGACGGAGGAAGAGGAAAAAGAGCGAAAGGGGUUAAGGGAGAAGGCAGAGGAGUGAAGGAAGGCUGGAGAGUGGAGGGUCAGGGCAUAUUUUACCUAGAACUCAUGCAGAGAGUGCAUGCAAAGUGCAGAGAGGGCCAGAGUAGAGAGACCAGAUCCACAAAGCAUUUGACCCAGAUCUAUCCCCAGGUGCCAUAGCUUAUUCAGCCAUGAGAAUCUCCUUCAUGGAGUGUGAUACUUGUGCUUAAACACCACUGUUGUGCACCAUGUGGCCAUUAUGGUUUGAAUGUAGUGAUUUGAAUCACAUGUUGAAAUUUAAUCCCCAUCACAAGACACUAAGAAGAGGAUUCUUCAAAAAAGAAUUCAAGCUCUACUUUCAUGAGUGCGUUAAUCCAUUCAUGUGAUUGAUAGGUUAAAGGUUUACGACGAAGGGACCUGCCGAAAAACCUAAUUUGGCCAGGUCCUUGGUGUUUACUUUCUCUCAUCAAGCAAUAUUCUUCAGAUUGUUUGUUUGCUGGCUUGCUUGCUUGCUUUUUGCUUGUGUUUUUUCCAGUACUGGUAAUUGAACUCAGGGUUGUUCUAUCACUGAGCUAUAUUCUGAGCCUUUUGUGUUUUUUUCAUUUUGAGACAUGUCUUACUAAGUUGCCCUAGCUGGCAUCCAAUGUUUUAUCUUUGUGCCUCAACAUCUUGCUUAGCUGAAAUUAUAGGCAUGAGCCCUUGUGUCCAGCUAUUUGUUUUAUAUUUUUUUCUUUCAUUUUCUUUUUCUUUCCUUUUUUUUUUUCAGUGCUAAGGCUUGAACUCAGGGUCUUCAUACUGAACUGCUUUGUUUUUUUUUUAAUUUUUGAAAUAGGGUGUUGCUCAAAGUUGCCCAAAUUGGGCUCAAAUUUAUCAUCCCACUUGAGUCCUGCAGAGAACUGGGAUUACAGGCAUGGACCACCAUGUCCAUCUCUCUUCUGGCUUCUUAAAUCUAACUUAAACCUAAAAUAGCAGCAGUUUUAUUAGGAUAAUCUAUUCUAUAUAAAAUCAAGAACCUGAUAUUUGUAAUUAUUACUAUUAACUGUAUAGUGAUAACACAAAUAUACAAUACUGUAUGUGUGAAUUGGCUUUUGACUUCUUCAUUAAAACUUGCAUGUAUCAUGCAGCCUUGCCUUUGUAUUGUCCAGGGGUUUUAUUAUAAAUUUCCAUUAUUCAAUUCAUUUAUCCAGCCAAUAUACAUAAAUACUUAAGUUCUAUCGCUCUGCAGUUUUGUCAUGUUUCUAAAUUUAAAGAAUAUUUUCUGGGUAUGACAUUUUUAUAGAAAAUAUAGUGUAUGGGGUUACAACUUAAAUACCUUUAGAGAAUGACGUCUUGAGCGACUCUUACGCUUAAUUUGUUUCUUGAACAAGCAAAGCUCAUUAGUUCCAUUUAUUAUUUUCAAACUCCUUGCUUAGUGUGAUUGGCUUUUAAAAAUCAAUAAAACUUAGCAUACAAAGAAAAGGCAUGAUAAUGAUAAAGAGAACUUACAUAAAGUAAAGUUCACCCAGACAGUCAAAUACCUUGGCCUUUGCCUUCUGUGAAGUUUUCUGCAGUUUGAGGCCUGAAAAUUCACUCUAAAACUUCUGGCAUUGAGUCACACAGGUCUCGUUAAUCUUGUCAAAAGGGUAGUGGUUUCUGAGGAGGAUUGAGAAGACAAAAUCCUAGUCCUAUUUCAUUCUCUUCUCAGGUAUUUCAGGACCCAUGGCCAUCAACCUUCUUUGAUUUUAAUCUACCAGAGUCUCACAUUUCCAUAUCUAUAAAUAUGGUACCACAUAAUAAUUAUACUUUUUAAGAAAAUGGAAAGUUUUCAUUAAAAUUUUCCUGCAAAUCUGAAAUGUCAUGUGACAGAUGUUGCUAGAAGACCUGAGUAUUAUUAGCAUCAGUGAUAAUUGCAAUAAAAAUAUCUCAUUUUCUGUUAAAGACAGAGACAUCCGUUUUUCUUCCUGUACAACUCAAAGGAAAUGUGGGUGUUAGCACUUUCAAAACACUUUUUCAUUCUUAGGGAGAAAUCCAACAUGAAGAGAAUUAAUAUCCAUAUUAGUUCCUAAAGCAAAAUGUCUCAGACUGAAUAACAAAGCUAUUUUUCAUCCUUUGGGAGUAACUUGUAGAUGAGAAUUCAGAGCUGUGAUCUAAAAGCACGAAGGGAUUUCUGCCAUGGUAGGAAAACAAAUCUAAAAAAAUGGUCUUUCCAGUUGUAUUUACCUUUAAAUGUUUCUAAUAGAGCCUUAACAUGACAAGAACUCUGCUACCUGACAACUUCAUCUGUCCCUGAUAGAACUGAGAAACAAAAAAAAAAAAUUAAAAGACUGCUGACUAUUCCAAUAGAUUUUAUGAAAUCAUCCUCUUAAACUCCAGAAUUUUAUUCACAAGAAAGUUUGUUAACUUACAUUUAUUCUUAAUCAAUGUAUAACUCUAGAGUAGCACAGGGUGGUAGUUUCCAAGCAAAUAAUAUGCUGCAAGCAGAAAAUAAGAAAUAUAUAUGUUGUAUGAAACGGGCAAAAAUAAUGCCUGUAAUAAACACUGUCUAUAACUAAAAGAACACAGAGAAAAAACUAAUAUAAGAAUCCAGGUCACAGUUGUAUGAGGAUAUGUAAAGUAAAACAAAUAUACUAAGAGCCUAUGAGACAACACUAUUGAUUGACAAAAUAUCAUUUUAUUCAUAUUAUGAUGAAUUCAAUUUAUCAAUUACAAAUUUUAUUUGUAUGAAUUAGGAACAGAUACUGCUUUGUCAAGCUACUUUGCUUUAAUAUGCCUUGAAAUGAUACUAAUUAUUAGCUAUUAUUUAAUUAGGAUGCUUUACUUUUAUCUGCUAAAAAUGUUUUUUUCUGAUAACCAUAAAGAUUUCAAAUGUUGACAGUUUGAAUGGAAACCCAUUAAAUAUGACACUGAUCUUUCCUGUAUAACCUGCACAAUAAAAUGUAGUAUCCCCUGAUUGUUACAUUAUCUUAAAUAAUUAGGUUGAAAAUUAUUUAUUUUUGGAAGACUGUCUCCCCAAAACAAUUUUUAAAAAGGCGUUUGAGUAUUUAAAAAGGCAAAGCAUAGGUAAUACCCUAGAUGUAGUCUAGAAGUGUUCUGAGUAGGAGUCAUGGCACACUGAGAAGCUAUCAUUGAGAGAAAAAUGAACAAAUUUUCAAAAUUGUAGAUUCUGGGCUAAGGGCAUAGCUUCAUGGUAAAGCAAUUGGGUAGCAUGCACAAGGCACUGUAUCCUACCCAUGGCAGGAAAAGAAAAAAAAAAGACAAAAGAAAAAGAUUAUGGGCCCUGAUAUUAGUUCUCUGGAUUCACCCCACAUCUUCAUAAAUUUUCAUCCAUCUAUAGAUUAGAAAAUUGUUUCUUCUGGAAAAAUGCACUGAUUCUUUUCAGUUGCAAAAUCUCAGAGUCCUGGGAUAUUUCACAGACAAGUGACAUGUUUACAGAAAGCAUGCAUGUGUUGGGCUUUCUCCAAGAUUCACAAUAUCUUGCCAACAUCCACUAAAACAGAGUUGCUUCUUGUUGCAUUUUUGAUCUGUUAGCUGCUUUGUUGAUAGUAGUUGCUUACAUUUCCUCAUCAUUUAUAGAUAAUUCUGAUUUGCCCAGAUGACACUGUUGAUAUGAAAGUUCCCCUACAGGUAACUACUACCAUUUGGUAAACCAGCCUCAUGGUUGAAACAAGAUUCCAUGAAUUCUUUCAAGCCAUGCUAUGUGUUAGAUGGGCAAGAUAUGGCUGCCACCACUUCUUUCUUUCACCAUAAUGCUAUCAAAAGCCUACUGUGUCACUCAUGGUGUAGGCACUAGAGAUACAAAGCAAAAUAACAGCAUCUCCCCUCGGGGAGCUGCACAGUACAGUGGUGAAGAGCUGAAGCUCUAAGCAAAUGCCUGAUAGUGAUUUACAAAAGCAGAACCUUGAUGGGGGACAUAAGAACUUUUCUUAUUCCAGAUUCGGAGUCAUGAAAAGCUGAGAAGAAAGAAUUGUCCAUGUGCACAUUAUACUAAAUCUGUCUUGAAUUUGUGUUCAAGAAAGCUCGUCUGUAACUCCUAACAAUUACCAUCACUAGCUAUUUCAGCAAUGCCAAAAGUUAUUUUUUUGUUAAAUUGAUGGUGAUCUGAGAGCCGAACCCUAGGGCCUAGUUUGAUUUGUUAUUGUUUAAAUAAAACCCAGCACAAAUAAAUAAAAGGAAACUCACUAGAAAAACAAAACAAAACAAACAACAACAACAACAAAAAAACAGUGCCCAAAGUGGAUCCCCAUAUAACUAUAGUAUAAUUGGAAAGUAAUAGAUAGAUGUUUCUUUGUUAAGGUUUCUGACAAUCUGGUUACCAUUCUUAUUGAAUGCAGAAAUGACAGUACUGUUGAAUUUUUCUUCUGGUUGUAAUACCAAUUCUGCCAUCUUCUGGAAAAAUCAUGAAAGUACCUAAAGCAGUUCCUCAUAUUUCAAAGACAGAAAUCUGCUGCUAACAGCACAGAAAGACUACUUCGGUCUGUUUGCACCUGUUUUUACACUGUUAACAUUUUUACCAGAAGACUUUUAAAAUAAUCUUUCAAUCUUCAAUAAUUUUUAGAUUUCUUGCCAACCAAGAUAUCUCAAACUUGACACUGGAACUCAAUGCAAAAAUCCUGAGUGGCGUUUUGUACUGAUAUGCAUUUCUACUGUCCCAUAGCACUGUGUAGUGACUUCACUGUAUGUUAACUUUCUUUCUAUAGAUUUAUGAGCUACCAGCUGGGUAAAUUGAAAAAACUGUAUUUUUUCAGGAACUAUCUUAUAUGAUGUUGAUAGCUUCUGGAAAAAAUGAAUGUCUUUUUUCUUACACAAACAGGUAAUGAUACUUUCACAAUUACUUUUUACAUGUUUUGUGCAUAUAAUACCAAUAUAUUAUACUCAUUCUAAAGUGACAAGAAAGUGUUAUUUAAUAGAAUUUACAUACAUUUUUAUGUCUUUCUGAUCAUUUUGAUUCAGAAUAAAUUAACAGUAAGUUACAAGUAAUAUUCUUUUCAAAUCUGAAUAAAACUGUACAUUGAAGUAGAAAAAGACCACUGUUUCAGUAUGGUUUUCUUCAUUAUACAGGUCAAACAGUCAAACAUCCCUAAUUUUAAAAAAUCUAAACUCUGGAUGCUUUCAAAUGUAAAACUUUUUGAGAACUGACGUCACAUCACAAGUCUAAAAUUCCAUACUUUCAUCAACAAAAUUACUAAAACUAAUUUAGAAAAUUACUUUCAGGCCAUGUGUUUAAGAUGCAUAUAAAAUAAAUCAAUUUUAAGUUUAUUCUUAGGUGCUAUCCACAAAAUAUCUUUUUAUAUGAAUGCAAAUAUUUCAAAAUAUUAAACACUUUGGUUAAGAGAUCCUCACUUUGUAGUAUAUAUUAAUUAUACUAAACUUGGACAAGACAUGCAUUUUGUAUGUCUCUGCACUCUUCAGAGUUUAAGGGUUUACCAUUCUAUUCAUAAAUAAAUAAAAGGCUCAGGUUCUUAUGACUAUUGACAGCCUAGUCCUUUCCCCGAGACCUUUCACACACCCUUAAAGAGAUUUUAAAUGUUCUACAAGCCCACCCUGCUGUCUUGUCUCUGCUCCCUGCAGACAGCUGCCCAGAGUUUCUCCGCCAACUACUCUAACUUUCCUAACACCUCCAUGCCUCGGCAGCACACUCCAGCCUGGCUCUUCCAAGACAGAAAUCAAGACUCUCUUUUCCGUGUUCAAGAAAAGUGAAAACAAACAACACUUCCAUGGUUUAGUGAUAAAUUAAGGGAUUACACCACAGAAAAGAAAUGUUCAAUUAAAGUAAGUCUCACAUUCCCAGGAGCCUAUCUAUAGUCAUUCUUAAUUCACUUUCCUGGCUGCCCUCCACCAAUCCUUCUCUUACUCCAUCCCUGCCUGUUGCUAUGCUGCCCCUUCUCCAGAGGUCUACUCACUGUAACUUUAUUACCUUUAGGUCUGCUGACCAUAAAAUGCCCGCCUGCACACCCCGACUAGGUAACAAAAUCACAUUACCAUCAGCAGAAUCCCACUAGUCAUCCUUUAAGAUAACAUUUAACGUCUGCUAUGAAUCAUUUAUACUAGAAUUCUAAUCUCAAGAAUAGUUAAUAAAUUAAUCAAGAUAUAAUUGCUGACAACUCAACAUGGAUUUCUCAUACUAUAAUGGGUAGAGGUAGGGUAAGAUACAUGGGCACUUCCUAUAUGCUUUUAUAAUUUUUUAUAAAUGUAUAACUAUGUUUAUGAAAAAUGAGGGAAAUAUUUUAGCGACAGUUAUAAUUUAUUUAUAACUUAAAUGUAUUUAUGGCCCAGUCCAUGAUUCUGUUGGGUGUUAGUAGAAACUUGAAGUUAUGAGGUCUGCUUUGGGGUCAUAGACCAUUAGGGGGGUGUCCUCAAAAGGGGUACCAGGACCCUGCUCCCUUUCUCUUCCUCCUUCCUUCUCAUUCUGGCCAUAAGGUAAAGGAUUUUGGUCCAUAUAGUUCUACAGUGGUGUACUACCUCACCAGAGGUCUGAAAUCAUCAAUCCUGGACUAAAACCUACAAAACUGAAAUCCAAAAUAAUCCACUUUUUAAAAAAUUGAUUCAUGUAAAGUAUUUGUUAUAAUAAUGGAAAGUUAACAUAGUUACAUAUUCCCUCACAGAUACAAACAAGGCAACUAAAAAUAUUACAAAUAUUUUGUUCUGGUCUCCACAAUCAAAGAUUAAAAUGUAGUCUAAUCUGAGAACAUCUAUUUAUGAACAAAAUAAAGACAAAUAGUUUAUCUUAUUGUUUUGUUUUCCCCUUGUGUAUGUAUGCAUCGUUUGUUUUUAUAAGAUAUUAUAAAUUAUAUCUUGAAAUCUUUCCUGGGAUUCCCAUUAAAUAUAUAAUUUGUGACAUGUGAAA